AUGGAGCCCGGUGGCCUCGGGGAGCCGCCGCCGAGUCUGAUGCUGUUCCUGCGGAAGCUCAAGGAGGUUUUCGAUGUGUGCGACGAGGACGCGGACGGCUUCAUCCGGGUGGAGCACUUCGUGGCCCUGGGGCUGCAGUUUGGCCAAGAGGAGGAGGUGGAAAAAUUUGCCAAAUACUUGGAUCCAAAUGAUCUGGGCAAGAUCAGUUUCAAGGAUUUCUGUCAUGGAGUGUUUGCUAUUAAAGGCUGUGAAGAGUUACUGAAGGAUGCGUUAUCUGUUGAAAGCCUCGGGCCUCGGCACUAUGAGACAGAGUAUGUGGAUUACUACUACCAGGGUACUGAAAUCCAAGACAGUAGCUAUUUGGACAGCGAAGGCGUGUACGGUGAAUCGGAUCUCUUUCCUGAUGAAGACAACAUGACCCUCGCCCAGCAGGAGGUCCAUCAUGAGUCUGAUAUGGACAGUGCCAUUGGGAGUGCCCACAGCUCCGAGGCUUCAGAUGUAUGUAGGAGCGAGGAAAAGGAUGGUGUAUUGGGUGGCCUCUUCCUGCCAGGAGACAAGUUAAGUCCUCUCAACCCUUCUGCAGCAUCUGACGUUUCAACCUAUUCCACUGCUUCCUUGAUUAGUAACGAAGAGCAGUUUGAAGAUUAUGGAGAAGGAGAUGAUGUGGACUUCACUCCCAGCAGCCCCUGCCCUGAUGAUGAAAGCAGAACAAACGCUUAUUCAGAUCUCGGCUCGUCUGUUUCUUCCAGUGCCGGUCAAACCCCAAGAAAAAUGAGGCACAUCUACAGUAGUGAGCUGCUGGAUGUCUAUUGCACUCAGUGCUGCAAGAAAAUCAACCUGCUUAAUGACUUGGAGGCCAGGCUGAAAAACCUGAAAGCAAACAGCCCAAACAGAAAAAUAUCUAGCACGGCUUUUGGAAGACAGCUCUUCCAUAACAGUAACUUCAGCAGCAGCAACGGCAGUACAGAGGACUUAUUCAGAGAUAGCAUAGAUUCGUGCGAUAAUGAUAUCACGGAAAAGGUGACUUAUUUAGAGAAAAAAGUGACAGAAUUGGAAAAUGAUAGCAUGACGAAUGGUGACCUGAAGAGCAAAUUGAAACAGGAGAACACACACCUAGUUCACAGAGUCCAUGAAUUAGAAGAACUGUUGAAAGACCAAGAGGCGUCUGCUGAACAGACUCUGGAAGAAGAGAUAAAGAGGCACAGAGAAGUAUACAGCAAAUAUGAAAAGGAAAAGAGCACUGAAAUUGAGCUGCUCAACACAAGGGUUCAACAGCUUGAAGAAGAAAAUUAUGAACUGACCACUACAGUCUUACGACUGAAAUCACAAACUGAGAAGCUGGACGAGGAAAGGCAGCGAAUGUCUGACAGAUUAGAAGACACCAGUCUUCGGCUCAAAGACGAGAUGGAUUUGUAUAAAAGAAUGAUGGACAAACUCCGAAGGAACAGGCUUGAAUUCAACAAGGAGAGGGAGGCAACUCAGGAGCUUAUUGAAGAUCUGCGAAAGGAGUUGGAGCACCUGCAGUUAUAUAAACUUGAGUGUGAGCGGCCUGGUCGCGGGAGAAGCUCUUCCUCUAGCUUGAGUGAAUUCAAUGCAAAGGCAAGAGAAGUGGAAAUGGAGCAUGAAAUUAAACGCUUAAAGCAGGAAAAUCAGAAACUUCGAGACCAGAAUGAUGAUCUUAACGGGCAGAUCCUUAGUCUUAGUCUUUAUGAGGCCAAGAAUCUCUUUUCAACACAGACAAAAGCCCAGUCACUGGCUGCUGAAAUUGACUCCGCGUCCAGAGACGAGCUCAUGGAAGCCCUUAAAGAACAGGAGGAGAUAAACUACCGAUUACGCCAAUACAUGGACAAGAUCAUCCUAGCCAUUCUGGACCAUAACCCAUCCAUCUUGGAAAUAAAAAACUGAAGGCUUGGGACCAGAAAGGCAACAAGCAGAGACUUGUACCUCUUAAAAUGCCGCUGGAUCCAAACAUCACUCUACUAUUGUAAAUGAAUCUAUAAAUAUAUAUAUAUAUAUAUCAUAUAUAUAUUAUAUAAUUUCUGUGGAUACACAGGGCGUGUUUAUAUGAGGUUUGGUCCACUUGGUCUGUGAAUCCUAAUUUGGCUUGGUCUGUUUCUCAUGCACUUU